AUGGGCGCGGGCGAGCGCGCGGCGGGCGGGGGAGGCGCUCAGGACCGCGGCGCCGGCUGCGGGGCCCGAGCGCUGGGCGCGCUGUGCCUGCUGCUGUCGGUGGGCUCGGCCGCCGCCUGCCUGCUGCUGGGCGCCCAGGCGGCAGCACUGCACGGCCGAGUGGCGGCGCUGGAGCAGGAACGGGAGCUGUUGCAGCGGGCGGGACCGUCCGGAGCCCUGGCCGCCUGGGCCGAAACGCACCUGGAACGCCUACUGCGGGAGAAGUUUGAAGGUGUCGCCAAGCUCCGGACAGUUCGGGAAGCCCCCUCUGAGUGCAUCUGUCCCCCAGGUCCCCCUGGACGACGUGGCAAGCCUGGGCGAAGAGGCGACCCUGGUCCUCCAGGGCAAUCAGGACGAGAUGGCUACCCGGGACCCCUGGGUCUGGAUGGCAAACCAGGACUCCCAGGCCCCAAAGGGGAAAAGGGCGCACCGGGAGACUUUGGCCCGCGGGGAGCCCAAGGGCAAGAUGGAGCUGCAGGCCCACCUGGGCCCCCUGGACCACCUGGGGCCCGGGGCCCUCCUGGUGACACUGGGAAGGAUGGCCCCAGAGGGGCUCAAGGCCCAAUGGGUCCCAAAGGAGAGCCUGGACAAGAUGGCGAGAUGGGCCCCAAGGGACCCCCAGGACUCAAGGGAGAACCUGGCACUCCUGGAAGAAAGGGGGACGAUGGGAUGCCCAGCCAGCCAGGACUCCCUGGACCCCCAGGGCCCAAGGGUGAGCCGGGGGAUGUGGGGCCCCGAGGAGAGAGUGGAGUGGACGGCCCCCCUGGACUGAAGGGGGAGUCAGGCCACCCAGGCGCAGAUGGAGCCACCGGGCCCCGGGGUCCCCCAGGGCUCAAGGGAGAACAAGGUGACACAGUGGUAAUUGACUAUGACGGCAGAAUCUUAGAUGCCCUGAAGGGUCCUCCUGGGCCACAGGGAGCUCCAGGGCCACCAGGGAUCCCUGGAGCCAAGGGUGAACUUGGAUUGCCUGGUGCCCCAGGGAUCGAUGGAGAGAAGGGUCCCAAAGGACCGAAAGGAGACCCAGGAGAACCUGGGCCAGCUGGGCCCAAAGGGGAAACAGGCGAGAUGGGCCUGUCAGGCCUUCCGGGUGCUGAUGGUCCCAAGGGAGAGAAGGGAGAGUCAGCAUCUGACCCCCUACAGGAGAACCUGGCCCAGAUCAUAGUGGAGCCAGGGCCCCCGGGUCCUCCUGGCCCCCCGGGCCCCAUGGGCCUUCAGGGGAUCCAGGGUCCUAAGGGUCUGGAUGGAGCCAAGGGAGAGAAAGGUGCAUCGGGUGAGAGAGGCCCUCACGGCCUGCCUGGACCAGUUGGCCCACCGGGCCUUAUUGGGCUGCCAGGAACCAAAGGAGAGAAGGGCAGACCCGGGGAGCCAGGACUUGAUGGUUUCCCAGGACCCAGGGGAGAAAAGGGCGACCGGAGUGAACGUGGAGAGAAGGGGGAGCGAGGGGUUCCUGGCCGGAAAGGAGUGAAGGGUCAGAAGGGGGAGCCAGGCCCACCAGGCCUUGACCAGCCAUGCCCUGUGGGUCCUGACGGGCUGCCUGUGCCUGGCUGCUGGCAUAAGUGAUCCGCAGACAUGGCUCCCAACCUGUACAGAUCUGUUUGGAUGUUUUUAACUUGUGUAAAAACGAAACAGUAAUAUAUUGAUCUUCUUUAUGGGAUGCGCCAACUGCGGCCUCAUAACAUUUGCAAGUGUGCCAACCAGCCCUGGGCAAUCCGCACAGGAAGCCAGCAGGAAAGCAGACAGGCCGCUCUGGGAAAAUGUGUACUUGAGGGUCCUGGCGGGGCCUAACUUUCCCAGAGAAGACGACGAAGGUGAGAGUGCCUGGCUCAGGUGAGGCUGGACAGACUCCAGGUUGGGCCUGCAAUCACCCGAUUAGCAGAGACAACAACUGCUCCCUGAAGCCACCCUGCCCUGAAUUCUCACUGUCCAACAAGAUGCCCUUGGACAACUGCUGUACCCGCUGACUCGGGACCCUGCCAAAGGCAGCUGCACUGGGACCCUGUGUUCAACAGGGCAGGGGAAGAUUUCUAGAGGCCAGCCCUUGGAAAGAACCCCAAGAGAGCCUUUCUCCAGCCAAGCUCAGCCUUCCAGAAGCCACGCUGUCACAGGAGCUUGUAUCCUCCGGCCCUGGGAAAGGGCAGGGCUCUGUGAACACCUCAGUGUGGAGCCAGCUGCAGGCAGCCCAGCGACCCCUGACUGUAUGGUAAAGAGACCCAUACACACUAGUUGCUACUUCCAAUCUCCUCACUGCCUCACCCAGAGCAGGAACAGAAAGGGGCUUUGUCAGCCCUGAGGAGACAAGCCUUCUGUUCAGAACUUGGGUCUCACUGGCCCCAA